GGCAGUAUAAAUUUCUUAAAAUCCUUCAAAACACACCUCAAUAAAUAAUGAAGACGAAGAUGAUGCUAGAUAGAUAGAGUCAGACAGUCAACAUUUCUGGAACAUUCAUUCAUUCAUUUACACACCUUUCUUUGCUUUCCGUGUGCGUCAAUGCCAACGCCAAUGGAGGAUCAAAUCGGGCACAUCCACAAUUCCGUACGCCACCACCAGGAGACGGAGACGCCAUUGCCGCCGCCGCCGCCAAUACGACUGAGAUCCGCCGACAUGCCCUUCCCCAUGCAGGAACGCGCCAUCCGCCAUGUCCGCGCCCUCCUCCUCCACCACCGCCACCGUAAACCCACACUCCUGGCUCGAUCCCUUAAAAAGGAAUUCGACUCGGAGUACGGUCCGGCAUGGCACUGCGUCGCCGGAAAAAGCUUUGGCUCGUUCGUCACCCACUCCCCUGGCGGCUUUCUCUACUUCUCCGUCGACACCCUUUAUUUCCUCCUUUUCAAGACUGAGGUUCGUGUCAUCGCCGCCGCAUAGCUACCUCUUACAGUUGCACACUGUCUUCCAUGCCCUAUUAUUGUUUUGCCAUUCCAGACAAAUUCAAUUCGAUGUAUCUGCAGACUGCAAAUCAAUCAUUGGCACAGACAUAAAUAUAUAUUAUUUAAUAAAAAACAACAAACUCCUGCAAGAUUUACUACUGACAUUAUUUUCUUUCAAACCAAAGUAUCCAAAACGGUUCAAAUUAACAACGAUAAAAGAAGAUUCGUUAGUUGAAACAGCAAAGGGCUGAAACCUUGUUCAUAUGUACAUUCAUUCAUUCGUUCAUUCAAGUUUUUCAUCCAAAUAAAAGCAACAAGGCAUAUUCUAACCCUGCACUUGUUCGCCAGUUAGGUCUAAAAUAACGCAAGAGCAUAUUUUUCAAUAGCCUAGCUUUAUAGGUUUAUUAGCCGAGGCGGAGCGCUGGGGCUGGGGCGCCAAGAUAGCUGGAUUCGGCCCCGAUAAACAAUUACUCUGGGUACCAUUGUUUUUCCCAAUUCGGGAGAACACAUCAGUCAGUCUGGGAAUGAAGUCGGAAACACUGGAUUUGAAAUAAGCCGAACAGCUCUUUUUGGCCUUGUCAUCGCCCUCACUGCUUCCUCCAUUAACCGGGCUACCUACACAAGCACCGUUUAAGUAGGCUUGAGCUGCUGCCAGAAUACCUUGUGACCGCUUGGAGAAAUGGCCGUAGGCAAA